UGUUAAGUCUCCCCAAACUAUGGAAAUGACCAGCCCAUUCAUCCUCCAUUUUUGCUGUUCAGCCUGGAUGUUUUUCUCCCUUAGUCUAGGGUCUCAAACUAUUGAGGAUGAAGCUGGAUCUGUAACAAGUGGAGAAGCUUCCUUUGAGGGUAAGCCCUUGUCUUGGAAUAAGCCUCUAGAUGAAGAAAAUAGAGCAGGGCUCUUUCCACUCCUUCCCAAGGUCUUAGUUAACCGCCAUCUUCCUGGGGCACCAAGGCUACAACCUGACUCAAGAGCCCUGCAUUAUAUGAAGAGGCUUUAUAAAGCAUAUGUCACCAAGGAAGGAAUUCCUAAGUCUGACAGAAGUCACCUCUACAACACUGUCCGUCUAUUCACACCAAGUGCACAGCAACAACAGCCUUCUUGGGGCCAUGUCACAGGAGUUCUUCAAUCAAUGGAUCUUCUGUUUAACCUGGACCAUAUUACUGCCCUAGAACACUUACUCAAGUCUGUUUUGCUAUAUUCUUUGAAAAACUCUGUUUCUUUUUCUCCCACCACUAAGUGUAUGUGCCAUAUAGUUGUAAAAGAACCUGAGUGUUCUAGCCCAUUUUCUUUCAGGUCUCCACAAUCCUACACUUUUAAUUUACAGUUUGAAUUUAGAAAAAAUCAUAAGUGGAUUGAAAUAGAUGUGACUACUUUGCUUCAGCCUCUAGUUGCUUCCAACAAGAAAAAUAUCAACAUGGCUGUGAAUUUUACUUGUCUCAAAGAUCAACAGAAUCCAGUGCAGGAUGAGAUAUUUGAUAUGGCCAUAUUAAUGUCCCCAUCACUAUUAGUAUAUCUGAAUGAUACCAGUGCUCAGGCUUACCAUAGAUGGAGUUCUCUUAGAUACAAAAUGGAAGAAAAACUGACUCAGGAAAGAAAAUCUUCCCGCCAUCGAAGAAAUAAAGGAAUAGGAGAAUCCAAAGCAAGGAAUCCCAAAAUACCAGUUUCUUACAACCUGAGUGAAUAUUUCAAGCAAUUUCUGUUUCCUGAGAAUGAGUGUGAGCUCCAUGACUUUAAGCUGAGCUUUAGCCAGCUAAAGUGGGACAACUGGAUUGUAGCACCACAUAGAUAUAAUCCUCGAUACUGCAAAGGUGACUGUCCCAGGUUUGUUGGGCAUCGGUAUGGUUCUCCUUUCCAUACUAUGGUACAAAAUUUAAUCUAUGAGAAGUUAGACUCUUCCAUUCCAAGGCCUUCUUGUGUGCCUGCUAAGUACAGCCCCCUGAGUGUCUUGACUAUUGAGCCUGAUGGCUCUAUCGCUUAUAAAGAAUAUGAAGACAUGAUAGCAACAAAAUGUACUUGUCGUUAGCAUAUUGUCUUAGGAAAAAUUAAAAUGCAAACAGAUUUCAGGAAUGUUGUUCAGGACAACAUUCAUGCUAAGUUUAGCUGGGACUUCAGGCAGGCUUCAUACAGUAAAUUUUUGGAUCCACUGAUGUCUAGUUGUAUAAGAAAUUAAUUGGGUAGACACAUAUUCUGAUAAAUAACAUUGUAAUAAGUAGGUUUUGGAGUACAAUUUAAUCUUUUUUCUUUAAAUUACAAAUGUAAUGUGUAUUUUGUAGUUCUUAACAUGUCUUGAAGAAGUGAAUUUUUGCUUAUUUUUUAUUUUUUUAAUUUUUAAAUUUUGCUUAAAGAUGUAUUUACCUCUGAAGUAAAAAAUCCAUUAGUAGAAGUGAAGACAAAAAAAAUUGAUAAGACACAAUGCUAUACUCUUUAUGAAAGAAUAAAUACUUGUCAAUAGCA